AGCCUCCAACUCACCCCCAUAAACACAACCUUUUGUCGAGAGCAGGAACGUCAAGUGGAAAACAAAAAGAGUAGAAAAAUAGAGACACAGAAAAUAAAUGUUUCCAUCCGAAAGGUUCGUUUUGUGCAAAAAUUGAGUAUUUCCUGCGUUGUUCUCGCGUGUAAAGCGUAUCGUAGAGAUAAUAGAUCACAAUCCUGUGCCCUACUGCUUCAGAAAACUCCUGCCCAAGGACAAUUAAACGGUGGUGACGACGCAACAGCGUAGAAAACAUGUCGGAAUCGUACGAUUAUCUUUUCAAGUUUCUCAUCAUUGGCCGUGCGGGCAGUGGCAAAUCCUGUCUGCUGCACCACUUUAUCGACAACAAAUUCAAGGAGGACAGCUCACACACAAUCGGCGUAGAGUUUGGUUCGCGGAUCGUGAACGUCGGUGGCAAAUCGAUCAAGCUACAGAUUUGGGACACAGCCGGACAGGAACGGUUCCGCUCGGUCACCCGGUCGUACUAUCGUGGUGCAGCCGGUGCCCUUCUCGUGUACGACACAACGUCACGCGACAGCUUUAACGUGCUCUGGAACUGGUUGAACGAUGCGCGCACACUGGCCAGCCAAAACAUCUGCAUUCUGCUGGUGGGAAACAAAAAAGAUCUGGAAGAGGAGCGCGAGGUAACGUUCCUGGAGGCGAGCAACUUUGCCCAGGAGAAUGAGCUGAUCUUUCUAGAGACGAGCGCCAAGACGGGCGAGAACGUGGAGGAAGCGUUUCUGAAGUGCUCCAAAACCAUCCUGGCGAAGAUCGAGACGGGCGAACUCGAUCCGGAACGGAUCGGCAGCGGUAUUCAGUACGGGGAUGCGGCGGCACGUAAUGCAGCUGGUGGAACGCUCGCCAGCGGACAGCAACCGAGAAGCCGGCUGCGACCGGACUGUGCCGGUAACGGCAGCUGCCGAUCGUCGUAGAAGGUGGCUGAAGGAAAAUUUGGCAAGACGACUGGAUCGGGAUUGGUCAGCGUAAGUUUGUAUCGUGAACAGUUUUGUUUCUGUAUCAAGCUUGCCUUUAUUUGGGGUGGAGGAACGUAAGGGUGGGAGAUGACACGAUGGGUGUUGCUUAUCCAUAGCACAGGAUAACCAUCCGUUUGGUGUAGUUUCAAUCGAACCAUUGCUAAAGCGUAAGCAGCACUAACUGAGAGCGAUUGUUUAUGUGUAUAGGAACAGAAUCUCAGCAAAGCAAAAAACGAAACAAACUGUGCUACAUAAAAUGGUAAUAAGACAAGGGCACAGUGCUGCAGAGACGGCCGGUUUCCGGUCAGGAUUCAGUAUUGGACUAUAAAUUACUAAACUAUAAAUGCACAAUGCAUUCGGAUGCAUUCGGACGUCUGAAAGAAGGGCGAAAGCUGAAACAAAUCAAACUAUCCUGCGCCUUUUCGAUCGCAUUUCCGUCAAUCUGUGUUACUCUUGAACUCUUGAACUUAUACAUAAUCUUCCCAGCUAUUCUAGCAUGAUAUCCGACCAUCGAAUUGGUUUUUUUUGUCUCUGUCUUUUAUAAUUCUAAGUGCUUUAGUUGUUGUUAAACGUUAUACAAAAGUAAUAUGUUCGUGUCUCCGUGUGUGAUUUUUUGUUUGUUUAUUUAGUUAUUAUUAAGUUGUGUCCUCUGUUCACUCAAACAGUUCUCACAGUUAACCCAUGUUAUAAGGCAUUGGUAUCUAAUAUAUUCGAGCUUGCCUGGUUAUCUAAAUUCCAUACAAAAUUAUAGAUCUUCUAUUUUCACCCAUCCGAGAGACUUUUUUCGAUCGAUCGAUUCAUAUUAGAUGUCUUAGAAAUUAGCAGCAGACGGAGCCUUUCGGUUGAGUUAAACCGGUUGAAAUGUUUAGGGAAUGUGAUGUUAAUUACAAAACACAGUGCGGGAGACAAAGGUGUGUGUGCGUGUGGAUAUGUGCGCAGAGAUGACACUAAACAACUUAAACCACUUAGAUGUAAUUGUAAAGAAAGAAAGAGUAAAAACAUUUAAAAAAACGAAACACAAAAUGAAACUUUAUUGUGCAUUAGUAGACAUCUUUAUACCUGAAUAGGAGACUGGAAGCGAAACAUUGAAAUCAAUAAAAUUCUUUAAAAAGAA